CGACACCGUGCGCGACGACGACGACGACGACGACGACGAGCGUGAACGUUGCACGAGCUCGUCCGGGUUGCGUGCCACGACGAGGACACGCCCGGGGCUUCUAUUACGUCCGCAGCGCAGGCCUCGCACCGCAAUCCCGUCCCCAGCUGCAGAGUUUAUCUGCCUCCUCCUCUCCUCUUUCCCUCUGCCUUCCGUCCUCGCCGCCUCGCCAUCAUGGCCAACGCUCCCCAGCCCGGUACGGCCCAGGGCACGCCGACCGACAGCUCGCAAGAUCCGAGCCAGAUGUCGUGGGAGGGCGACAGGAUGUUCAACAUAUACAUAUACGACUAUUGCAACAAGCGUGGCUUUCGACGGACGGCAGAAGAGCUCGUUAAGGAGGCGGAGCUCACGCCAGAAGCUCAGCCGCCUAUCAACGCGAGACAGGGUCUCCUCUUCGAGUGGUGGAGCGUAUUCUGGGUACUGUUUACGGCGAAGAGCAAUGGGAACGGCAGCGAAGAUGCGCUGGUCUACACCCAGCACCAAGCACAACAGCAAGUCGCGCGCGCGAGCGGCCAACGAACCGUACCUCCCAAUGCAGGAGCGGCAGCCGCCCUCCCCAUGCCCCUCGGCCGCAACGGCUACCCUCGACCGCCGCCACAAGGCGCGCCCAACGGCAUCCACCCCGCAGGUGGCCCUCCCCCUCCCAAUGGCGCGGCACCUUUCCCGCCCACAGGCGGCCAACCGCCACAGCCCAACGGCAUCGUCCCCGCCCCAGGCCAACCGGGCGCGAUGGCCCAGCAGCAAAACUACCCGCAACGACAGGUGAACCCGCAGCGCGCAGGACAACCACCACCGCCGUCACAACAGCAGCAGCAGCAAGGGCAGCAGCAGCAGCCGAACGGGAGCACGUAUCCGUCGCCGACGAUGGCGCACUCGCCUCAGGGAGGCGCGGGCGGCGCGCAGCAGGGCCCGGGACCGUCGCCGCUCGCGAACAGGGGCAUGCUUCCCCCACCGGGGCAGCAGACGUUCGGGAGGCCGCCGAGCAGGGCGCAGACGCCCGGUGGGUCGCAGCACCCGGGCGCGGGGGGGAUGAUGACGCAGCCGAGCCCGUCGAUGGCCCCAAGGCAGCCGCCGGGCGGAAUGCAAUCGAUGGUGAUGAGCCCGCACGAGAUCCACGCGACGUUGGCGACGAUACCGCCGAUGGCGAUACCGCAGCUCCGGGCAGAGGCGGGCAUCCAGGGGGACAAGGAGCUGCAGCAGUUCACGCCGGAAGAGAAGGGCAGGGUGGCGGCGUUGUGGAGGAGCAAGAGCGGCGGGGUGUUGCGGAACCCACCCGGCGGGCCGUCGGGCCCACAGGGGAUGCCUGGGAUGCCGCCGCGGCCAGGCCCGGCAGGUCAGCCGCCCAUGGCGCAGCAGCGCCCAAAACGCAGUAGCAGAUCUCCUCCGGACGAGCAAAUGCAGCCCACGCAAGAUAGCUCGCCGCCGGACGCCAAGCGCAUCAGGCCGUCGCCAAACGUCCCGGAUGGCACGCCGAUGGUUUCGUUCGUGGGUCAGCCACCUCAAGGCGGGAUGAGGCCGGUCAUGGGCGGCGGUGCCGUGUACCAAGGGCAGCCGGGGAUGGUGCCGCUGGGGCAGCAAAUGGCGCCUCCGCCGCCGCACACCGUGAAUGGCAUUCCGACCAUUUCGCCCAUGAUCCAGAACCAGAUCCACAACGCGCGAGAGCAGUACCGAAUGUCGAUGCAGACGCUGCACAAGAGCAACCUUCCGUCGAAUGCGACCCUGGUGCAGGGGUUACCAGGCGGACCCGACGGCUCGGGCGGCUUCCCUGGCGGCCGAACGCCCUUCCCGGGCGGCCCGCCGCCCCAGCAGCACCAGCAACAACCCGGGCAGCAGCAGCCGAUGUCUAACCGGCCAACCCCAGGGCCGAGCCAGCCUCCGCCGGGCCCGCCGCAGCCACAGCCGCCGCAAGGCAGCAAGAUGGGCCCGCCGCCGUCGCCCGCGAACGCACCGAAGGAACCGGGGGCGUCGCCGCGCACAGCACAUACGCCCAACAGCCACGCGCCCACGCCCGCGCCGGCGCCUGCUCCGGCACCCACGCCCGCUCCUGCGCCAGCACCAGCACCCGCGCCGGAGCCUUCGCUGCAGCUCGGCGGCGGCCCGGACUUGUCGGCGGACCUGUUCAGCGACGGGUUCAUGUCGAUCGCCGACUUCGACCCCGGGUUCUUUGGCGCGGAUCGGCCGGACCUCGACAUCAACCAGUGGUUCAACCCGGACGGGAACCUAGGCAACCUCGAUUUCAAGUAGCUCGCGCGUGUCGGCGUCGUGUUGGUUCCGAGUUGGAUCUGUGUUUUGAUAUCGUCACCCCCGUGCGCUCGUCGCGUUCGCAUUCCCCACAUCCCCUUCGCCUCCUCUUACUCGUAGCAACCCCCUUUUUUGCAUCUCCUCUGCCUAUUACGCUCUGGUCUCGGCUUCUCUCCCCGUCACAGUAUGUUCUUUACUCCUCUCCCUCUCUUAUUACGUUGAACUUGGCUCCCCGGGGAACUGAUCUAUUUAUAUGGCUCCCGCUCCCUGGCCUCUCAAAACCCGCCUGCCUUCGAGAGAGGCCGACGUGUUCUUUUUUGCUCUCUCUCCAUCCGGAUCCGCAAUGUGCUCGCAGUGUCCUGAUAUUGUUCUUAGGUAUAA